AUGAAAUACAACAGACCCACACAACAACAGAAACCACAAGAAACACCACCACAGGCACUACAACACCAGAAACCACCACAAAAGGAGACCACAACAACAGAACACAACAACAAGAAAGCACCACCAACAGGUACCACAACAGCAGAAAGCACAACAACCGAGACCACAACAACAGAAAGCACCACAACAGGUACCACAACACCAGAAAGCACAACAACCGAGACAACAACAGACACUACAACACCAGAAAGUACCACUACAGGUACCACAACACCAGAAAGCACAACAACUGAGACCACAACAGAGAUCACAACAACAGAAAGCACCACCACAGGUACCACAACACCAGAAAGUACCACUACAGGUACCACAACACCUGAAAGCACCACAACCGAGACCACAACAGACACUACAACACCAGAAAGCACCACUACAGGUACCACAACAGCCGAGACCACAACAGAGACCACAACACCAGAAAGCACUACCAUAGGUACCACAACUCCAGAAAGCACAACAACUGAGACCACAACAACAGAAAGCACCACAACGGGUACCACAACUCCAGAAAGCACAACAACCGAGACAACAACAGAAAGCACCACAGCGGGUACCACAACAACCGAGACAACAACAGAAAUUACAACAAAAGAAAGCACCACAACCGAGACCAAAACAGACACUACAAUGCCAGAAAGUACCACUACAGGUACCACAACACCAGAAAGCACAACAACCGAGACCACAACAGAAAGCACCACUACAGGUACCACAACAACAGAAAGCACAACAACCGAGACCACAACAGAGACCACAACAGACACUACAACACCAAAAAGCACCACCACAGGUACCAUAACACCAGAAAGCACCACAACAGACACUACAACAACACAAAGCACCACCUCAGGUACCACAACUACUGAAAGCACCACAGUGACAGAAAGUACAACCACUGGCACAACCACUCCAGAAAGUACAACAACAGAAAGCACCACCAGAACUUCAGAAAGUACAACAUUGGAAACCACAACAACAGAAAGCACCACAACUGAGAGAACAACAGAAAUUCCCACAAUAGGUUAA